CUCUGGGAUAGCACCGGGAAUCUACCAUGUCCGCCGAUGUCUGGGUGGGCUCCUGGAGACCCCACCGGCCCAAAGGGCCCAUCGCUGCUCUCUACAGCAGUCCCGGGCCCAAGUAUGGGCUCCCCACAAACGUAGGUUACCCCCUUCACGACCCCUCCCGCUACCGCGCCCCCGCCUACAGCUUCGGCAUCCGCCGCCUGCAGCUGCAGGAUGCCUGCUCUCCGGGGCCCAAGUACAAGGUGCCCGACAAGAUGACCAUGAGGGGCAAAGAUGGGAUCCCGGCCUACUCCAUCUACGGCCGCCCCAAGGACCUGCCUCUCUUUGUCCCAGGUCGCUAUAGCCCCGAGAAGGCGGGGAAGUGGGCCUACCACUCCGCGCCCAACUACUCACUCGCCUCCCGCACGAAGGAGUUUGCGAAUGACCAGACUCCAGGUAGGAGAGCCCACGGAGAGCAGAGCUGG